GACCUGCGUCAGCAGCAACGAGAGAGGGGCAGGGAGACAGGGAGGGCGCGAAGGGCACGCAGGUCAGAACCUACCCGGCAGUUUCAGCCUCUGCGCUCAGCAAGACUCGUCCAUAUUCGCUCCCUGUCACCUUGGAAAAAGGAAAAAAGAAAGAAAGAAAGAAAGACACUGCUACCUACAACCCAUCAGCAAGUAAACUAAGCUUAAAAAAUUACACAUAUAUUCAAACAUAGUAGAAGGCACAGCAGCUGAAGCUGAUCCCCGGGUAGCAUGAACAGCAUGAACCAGAUAGAAACAAACAUGCAGUACACCUACAACUACGAAGAAGAUGAGUACAUGACCCAAGAAGAAGAAUGGGACAGGGACCUGCUCCUGGACCCAGCAUGGGAGAAACAGCAGAGGAAGACGUUUACAGCCUGGUGCAAUUCCCACCUCAGGAAAGCAGGCACGCAGAUUGAGAAUAUUGAGGAGGACUUCAGAAAUGGCCUCAAACUGAUGCUCCUCUUGGAAGUUAUCUCAGGGGAAAGACUACCGAAACCAGACAGAGGGAAGAUGCGCUUCCAUAAAAUUGCUAAUGUCAACAAAGCUCUGGAUUAUAUCGCCAGCAAAGGAGUGAAACUUGUGUCUAUUGGUGCAGAAGAAAUUGUUGAUGGCAAUGUGAAAAUGACGCUGGGUAUGAUCUGGACUAUCAUCCUUCGCUUUGCUAUUCAGGAUAUUUCAGUGGAAGAGACCUCUGCCAAAGAAGGGCUGCUGCUGUGGUGUCAAAGAAAAACUGCUCCUUACAGAAAUGUGAACAUUCAGAACUUCCAUCUUAGCUGGAAAGAUGGCCUUGGAUUAUGUGCACUUAUCCACAGACACCGACCUGAUCUUAUUGACUACUCCAAGCUAAAUAAGGAUGACCCCAUAGGAAAUAUCAACCUUGCCAUGGAAAUUGCUGAAAAGCAUUUGGAUAUCCCUAAGAUGUUGGAUGCGGAAGAUAUUGUGAACACUCCCAAACCUGAUGAGAGAGCUAUCAUGACAUAUGUGUCCUGCUUCUACCAUGCUUUUGCUGGAGCAGAGCAGGCUGAGACUGCAGCUAACCGGAUCUGUAAGGUGCUUGCUGUGAAUCAGGAAAAUGAGAGGUUGAUGGAGGAGUAUGAGAGACUAGCAAGUGAGCUUUUAGAAUGGAUUCGCCGGACAAUUCCUUGGCUGGAAAACAGGACCCCAGAAAAAACAAUGCAGGCUAUGCAGAAGAAACUAGAGGAUUUCCGGGACUACCGCCGCAAACACAAACCUCCCAAAGUCCAAGAGAAAUGUCAACUGGAGAUCAAUUUCAAUACCCUGCAGACAAAACUGAGAAUUAGCAAUCGGCCAGCUUUCAUGCCAUCAGAGGGAAAAAUGGUUUCAGAUAUUGCCGGCGCUUGGCAGAGACUUGAACAAGCUGAGAAAGGCUACGAAGAGUGGCUGCUGAAUGAGAUACGACGACUGGAAAGACUUGAACACUUGGCUGAGAAGUUCAGGCAGAAGGCUUCCACUCAUGAACAGUGGGCAUACGGCAAAGAGCAGAUCUUACUUCAGAAGGAUUAUGAAUCUGCUUCUCUGACAGAAGUCCGCGCCAUGUUAAGGAAACAUGAAGCUUUUGAGAGCGAUUUGGCUGCUCACCAGGACAGGGUGGAACAGAUCGCUGCCAUUGCCCAGGAGCUGAAUGAACUGGACUACCAUGAUGCUGCAAGUGUCAAUGAUAGAUGCCAAAAGAUAUGUGACCAAUGGGACAGCCUGGGAACACUUACUCAGAAAAGGAGAGAGGCAUUGGAGAGGACGGAGAAAUUGCUCGAAACAAUUGAUCAGCUUCACCUGGAGUUUGCCAAAAGAGCUGCUCCUUUCAACAACUGGAUGGAAGGUGCUAUGGAAGACCUACAGGACAUGUUUAUUGUUCACAGCAUAGAGGAAAUUCAGAGUUUAAUCACUGCACAUGAUCAAUUUAAAGCUACUUUGCCAGAGGCAGAUGGUGAAAGACAGGCCAUACUGUCAAUCCAGAAUGAAGUUGAAAAAGUUAUUCAGAGUUACAGCAUGAGAAUAAGCGCAAGCAAUCCUUACAGCACUGUUACUGUGGAAGAGAUUCGUAGCAAGUGGGAAAAGGUGAAGCAGCUGGUGCCUCAGAGGGAUCAAUCCUUGCAGGAGGAACUCGCCCGUCAGCACGCCAACGAGCGCCUGCGUCGCCAGUUUGCUGCUCAGGCCAAUGUCAUUGGGCCAUGGAUCCAGACCAAGAUGGAGGAAAUUGCCCGCAGCUCUAUUGAAAUGACGGGGCCUUUGGAGGACCAGAUGAAUCAGCUGAAGCAAUAUGAGCACAAUAUCAUUAAUUAUAAACACAACAUUGACAAACUGGAAGGAGACCACCAGCUUAUACAAGAAGCCCUGGUGUUUGACAACAAGCACACAAACUAUACUAUGGAGCACAUCCGUGUUGGAUGGGAGCUCCUACUUACCACCAUUGCUCGAACUAUCAAUGAGGUUGAGACUCAGAUCCUCACAAGAGAUGCCAAGGGUAUCACCCAGGAACAAAUGAAUGACUUCAGAGCAUCAUUCAAUCAUUUUGACAGGAGGAAGAAUGGAUUGAUGGACCAUGAUGAUUUCAGAGCUUGCUUAAUUUCAAUGGGUUAUGAUUUGGGUGAAGCUGAGUUUGCCCGAAUCAUGUCUCUGGUUGACCCUAAUGGGCAAGGAACCGUCACUUUCCAGUCCUUCAUUGAUUUCAUGACCAGAGAAACUGCAGACACAGACACGGCUGAGCAAGUGAUAGCUUCCUUCAGAAUCCUGGCUUCAGAUAAGCCUUAUAUCCUGGCAGAUGAGUUACGCCGAGAGCUGCCUCCUGAGCAGGCGCAGUACUGCAUCAAGAGAAUGCCUCCGUACACCGGCCCAGGCUCUGUUCCUGGCGCUCUGGAUUACACCUCUUUUUCGUCAGCACUGUAUGGAGAGAGCGACCUCUGAUUGUGUAAUUGGCUGUAUUCAUGGUAGACACUAAAAAUACCCAUCUUGUUGCCCAGAUUGCUUCUUAAAACCUUUGACAAGCUGAUUUAAAAAUGAGUUUUACGAAUACAGUAGGUAUCAUCAGUGUAAAGUGCUAGUAACUAAAGUAACUAGUGUAUAUUAAAGUGUGCGGCACGCUAGAUUUCUGCAUUGUUGGUUUUAGGUUGUCUGUCCUGUACUAUGCUAGAAAAUA